AUGACUAUUGGCUGUGUCCUCAAGGGGUUAAAAGAGAAAAAAUUGUUAAAGUGUGACUCAAGUGUCUUGUUCUGCACCUUAAGAGGGAAGAUGUUGAAUAGAACCGACUCUCAUCCUUCCCUCCUGACCCUCAACUUUGGGCCAAUGACAGACAUAAAAUACAUCUACAGCGCCAUCACGUUGCUUGGUUUCCUUAUCAUCGUGUUGUCCAACUGUGCGGUUAUCUCUGCCGUGGCCCUACACAGGAGUCUCCAGGAGCCCAUGUACAUCUUCAUAUCAGUCCUGUGCCUCAAUGGACUCUACGGGAGCUUCGCCUUCUUCCCAAACCUAUUUGUAAACCUUAUUAGCAAAACACAAACCAUCUCCUACACGGGCUGCAUCACUCAGGUCUUCUGUAUUCACACCUACAUGGGAGCAGAACUGGCCAUCCUGUCUGUCAUGGCAUAUGACCGAUACUUGUGCAUCUGCAACCCCUUGAGGUACCCCACUAUUAUGACCUUGACCAUGGUCCAGAAGCUGGUUGUCUCAGCUUGGUUGUACAUUAUCUGUCUGUUUACAGUUCACUCUGCGUUGACCAUUAGGCUUCCUCUAUGUGACUCCUUCAUCCUGAAGAUAUACUGCGACAAUUGGUCAGUGGUGAGGUUUCUCUGCAUCGACACAACAGUCAACAAUAUCUAUGGGUUCUUCAUCACCGCAUUGGUCAUAGUCCUUUUGCCGGUGCUGAUCUUUAUUUCCUACAUUGAGAUCAUAAUAGUUUGUGUCCAGGCCACCAAGGACUUCCGAGCCAAGUCCCUACAAACGUGCACCCCUCACUUGGUCAUCAUCACUAACUUUGUGGUUAAUGUGUUAUUUGAGAUCCUGCUCCAUCGAUUCAGUCCCACCAAUCUCCCCUAUGAGGUGAGGACAGUGAUGUCCUUGCAGUUUCUGGUGGUCCCACCGAUUCUGAACCCCCUAAUCUAUGGACUGAAAACCAAGAAAAUACGAGUGAAGAUGCUGAAGCUUCUGUCUCCAAAAUCCAAAAUCACCACAGAAAAGUGGUAUAUGGGUGUCAUGAAUGGAUUCAUAUUAUAG